AUGGUUUUAAUAUGUGAAGAGGAACUUGCUUCUAAUCAGGAUCAAAUGCAUGGGAAUGAUGAUUAUGUACCUUGUAGUGAUGUUAUUGUACCUCCUACAGCAGCAUCACAAAAUCCAACAUCAUCACCAUUAGAACCUAGUACCGGGAAAAGGAAACCUUGUAAGAAGGAGAGUGAUGUGUGGGAACACUUUGAAAAGUAUGAUUUGGUAUUGGAUUUGAAAGGGGUAGAUGGGACUAAAACAAAAGAAGUUGAAAAAAGGGCUGAAUGCAAGUAUUGUAGUGCUACUUAUGCUAGUGAUACCAAGAAAAAUGGGACUAACAACAUGUGGAAGCAUCUAAAGAAACAAUGCUUGCAAUAUCCUUAUAGGCACAAGGAUAAGAACACAUGGACGCUCGCAUUUGAUGCAUCCAAGGGUAAUGCUCUUGUUUCUAGGAAUUUUAACAAAGAUGAUUGUUUGGAUGCUUGUAUUAGGAUGGUGGUUCGGGAUGAGCUACCUUUUAGCUUUGUGGAGGGUGAAGGGUUUAGUGAAUUUUGUAGUGUUGCAUGCCCACAGUUUAAUCCACCCUCUCAUAGAACUCUUGGGAGAAGAUUUCUAGAAAUGUACCCAAAAAUGAAGGAGAAGUUGAAAGUUGACCUUCGUUCACAUAGAAUAUGCCUUACAACUGAUACUUGGACAUCGGUUCAAAAUGUGAAUUACAUGGUGUUGACUGCCCACUUUGUGGAUUCCGACUAUAAAAUGCACAAAAGGAUCCUAAAUUUUUGUGUAAUUGAUAGUCAUAAGUGGGAGAGCAUUAGGAAAUUGCUUGAAAAUUGUUUGAUUGAUUGGGGACAUGAGAAAAUACUCACAAUUACUGCAAAUAAUGCAGCUACCAAUACAAAGGCAAUUGAAUAUGUGAGGAAGAAAAUAAAUGGGUGGAAAGAUUCGAAUAGUGUGUUAGGAGGAGUUCAAAUGUGUAAUAACCCAAACCUAAAUUAA